AUGCCUAUUUCGAAGUCUCUUUCGAAAAUUCAGAAGAAUAUCAAGGGUGAUGGGAAAAAGCAUACAAUUCAUCCUAAAGGUCGCAAAUUUCAUCAGUUGACGAGAGCAACAUUGAGAGAAGACAAAAUUGCUGCGAAAAAGCGGGCUCAUAAUGAAAAAAGAUCAAAUGAACUUGCACGGGUUAAAUUCGUUCAGGAUGUUACAAAUUCUGAAGCAUUUAAGGAUAAAAAAGUAUUUGACUUCGAUGAAAUUGUAAUUUUCCUCAAGCAGUUUAUAGCUCGUGAUGAUGAGGAGCUGGAAGAAUUGAAACAAAAGCGGAGAUCCAACAGACCUCCCAGCAACAGACAGCUUAUUUUGCAGCAGAAAAGAGAUCUUGAAGAAAAGGAGCUAAGGUCGGGCUUUCUAGUACCAGAUCUAACAGACGCUGAGAAUGUCACUUUUCUAAGAAACUGGAAUCAAACUUUUGGUUCCCUGAGUACCUUAAAGUUGAUUCGAGUAAAUGAUAAUGGUCAAAAGGUUGUGGGCGGAAGCAAGUCUACGGCUUCUAAGGUGGAUGUUAAUAUGAACUAG